GUAUUAUCGACCUGUCAGUUGUUUUCCGUCAAGUAGGCGUUUUACAGCUCUGACGCCCCUUUUUCUCACUAAGCCGGGCUUAUUUCAGGUGCUGUCAAAAUGACGGAUUCCAAGUAUUUUACAACGACUAAAAAGGGCGAAAUUUUUGAAUUAAAAUCAGAAUUGAACAAUGACAAGAAAGAGAAGAAGAAGGAGGCCGUCAAGAAGGUGAUCGCCUCCAUGACCGUGGGUAAAGACGUCUCGGCUCUCUUCCCCGACGUUGUCAAUUGCAUGCAAACCGACAACCUCGAAUUGAAAAAACUCGUCUACUUGUAUUUGAUGAAUUAUGCGAAAUCCCAGCCGGACAUGGCCAUAAUGGCCGUAAACACAUUCGUAAAGGAUUGCGAGGACCCCAAUCCGCUAAUCCGGGCAUUGGCCGUGCGUACAAUGGGCUGCAUCCGCGUCGAGAAAAUCACCGAGUAUUUGUGCGAGCCGUUGAGGAAGUGUCUCAAGGACGAGGAUCCCUACGUGAGGAAAACAGCAGCGGUGUGUGUGGCUAAACUGUAUGACAUUUCCUCAGGUCUAGUCGAAGAUCAGGGAUUCUUGGAACAGUUGAAGGAGUUGUUGAGCGACUCCAACCCCAUGGUAGUGGCCAACGCUGUGGCCGCCUUGUCGGAAAUCAACGAGAGUAGUCCAACAGGGCAGCCACUUGUUGAGCUCAACCACGCGACUAUUAAUAAACUCCUCACGGCGUUGAAUGAGUGCACGGAAUGGGGCCAAGUCUUCAUCCUAGAUUCACUCUCCAACUACAACCCCAAAGAUGAACGCGAGGCUCAAAGCAUCUGCGAACGAAUCACCCCACGUCUUGCACACGCAAACGCUGCUGUUGUCCUCUCAGCCGUUAAAGUUUUAAUGAAAAUGAUGGAAAUUCUAGCCGGCGAUACGGAAUUUUGUGCUACUUUGAGUAAAAAACUCGCGCCACCUUUAGUCACCCUCUUGUCGUCCGAACCAGAAGUACAAUAUGUCGCUCUACGUAACAUCAAUCUCAUCGUUCAGAAAAAACCCGACAUUCUCAAACACGAAAUGAAAGUCUUUUUUGUAAAAUACAACGAUCCGAUUUAUGUAAAGUUGGAGAAAUUGGAUAUAAUGAUUCGAUUAGCGUCGCAAGCAAAUAUCGCACAAGUUUUGAGUGAAUUAAAAGAGUACGCCACUGAAGUCGAUGUUGAUUUUGUCCGGAAAGCAGUCAGGGCGAUUGGACGUUGUGCCAUUAAAGUGGAGCCUUCUGCUGAACGAUGUGUUUCAACACUCUUGGAUCUGAUCCAAACUAAAGUUAAUUACGUGGUACAGGAAGCCAUUGUUGUUAUCAAAGAUAUCUUCCGUAAAUAUCCGAAUAAAUACGAGAGUAUUAUCAGUACGCUUUGUGAAAAUUUGGACACUUUGGAUGAGCCAGAAGCAAGGGCUAGCAUGGUUUGGAUCAUUGGUGAAUACGCUGAACGUAUUGACAACGCUGAUGAGCUACUUGACUCGUUCCUUGAAGGUUUUGCCGACGAAAAUGCUCAAGUCCAAUUACAACUUCUCACAGCGGUUGUCAAACUUUUCUUGAAACGUCCAGCUCACACUCAAGCCCUAGUCCAACAUGUCUUAAGUCUUGCAACUCAAGAUUCCGAUAAUCCCGAUUUGAGAGACCGUGGUUUUAUCUAUUGGAGAUUAUUAAGUACCGAUCCUGCAGCCGCUAAGGAGGUGGUUUUGGCUGAUAAACCCCUCAUUUCGGAAGAAACCGACUUACUUGAACCUACACUCCUUGACGAGCUUAUUUGUCACAUCUCAUCCCUUGCAAGUGUUUACCACAAACCACCCACAGCUUUCGUUGAGGGACGCAGCGCCGGUAUUCGUAAAACCCUCCCGGCGAGACAAGGCUCCGCCGAUGAUACUACCACCACACAAGAAGCCACAGUUAUACCCAAUCAAGAGUCACUAAUCGGUGAUUUAUUAUCAAUGGAUAUUGGUAGCACUGUCGCACAACCACAACCAGCAGCACCACCCACUAGUAACGUUGAUUUACUCGGUGGAGGUUUAGAUGUUUUGUUAGGAGGCGGUCCUACCGAUUUGGGCGUGGCACCAUCAACCACCGGCUUAUUGGGCGACAUUUUCGGCUUAACCACCGCCCCUACUAUGUACACACCGCCCAAAUCCUGUUGGUUACCAGCCGAUAAGGGCAAAGGCUUGGAAAUAAUGGGGACAUUUUCACGACGUUCGGGACAAAUCACCAUGGAUUUGAGUUGUACAAAUAAGGCGAUGCAAGCAAUGAGUGGUUUUGCUAUUCAAUUCAAUAAGAACAGUUUUGGGGUGGCUCCAGCCGCCCCCAUGAAUCUUGGUACUCUCCAACCAGGUCAAACCCUCGAAUAUAACCUCCCAUUGAACACUAACGGUCCCGUUCAACGUAUGGAGCCCCUCACUACGUUACAAGUCGCGAUUAAAAACAACGUCGAUGUGUUUUACUACGCGUGUCAAAUACCGAUUCAAGUCCUAUUUAUUGAAGACGGCACUUUGGAUAAACGCGUUUUUUUGACCACUUGGCGUGAUAUACCGUCAGCUAACGAAGUUCAAUAUACUUUAAAUGACCUCAAAGGUAACGCUGAUGCGAUUUCGGCCAAAAUGACGCAUAACAAUAUUUUCACAAUCGCAAAACGUAACGUUGAAGGUCAAGAUAUGUUGUAUCAAUCUCUGAAAUUAACCAAUAAUAUUUGGGUCUUGUUGGAAUUGAAACUACAACCAGGGGUUAAUCAUGCAACAUUGAGUCUCAAAUCGAGAUCGGUCGAAGUGGCACCGUUUGUUUUUCAAGCCUAUGACGCGAUUAUUAAGAAUACAUAAGUUAGAUAAGCGUGAGGUUUUGUCAUUCCAUGUUAACACUAUUAAACACGAUUAUGUUAUAGGAUAUUAAUUAAAUAUAUGAUAUGUAACGAAAUGUGUGUGGAGAAACCCCAAGCCGGUCCUGUGUUUCCCCCAAAGGUAGGUUUUUUAUUAUUUUGAAAAUUACAAACUUUUAUUUUAAUUUA